AGGUUAACUGUCAGUCAAAUACAAUUGUCAUAAAUUAUUAGAUUCAGAAAGAAAUUAAUUCAAAAUGUUAAUUUCCAGGGGUCUCAAUACCCUCAGGGCACUUAAAAAUUUAAAAAUAGCUCCCGUACACCAAUCUGUACGAAACAGCGGACACAGUGUAAAUUACCGAAAAGGAGCUCCAGAAGCCUCAAGAACUGUUAUCUGGGCUGCCGAGGGCGUUCAAGGUUUUAUGUGGUGGUGGAUCCUUUGGCACUUGUGGACAGAACCUGAUCAUAUUCUUGGCGAAUUUCCUUAUCCAGAUCCUUCCAAAUGGACAGAUGAAGAGCUUGGCAUACAACAGUAAAAUUUGUGUAUUUGUUAAUAGCUUCAGUUAGUUGUAAUAUACUGUUUUGU